AGGUCCACCUUCCGCACUUCCACUUCCAGCGCGAUGAAUAUGGGCAUGCCAACAAUGAAGGCCCCCGGAAACGAAAGUGGGAAGCCCAGGAAGCCCAUCCGCGGCCGACUGAAGACCCUUGGAAGGACACCGAUUGGCGCGAUGGACGCGACGACUGGUUCGAUGGCCGUCCACAGGUCCGCAACUGGGAAGAAGACUGGGAAGGGCCUCCUUCAGAACGUCCCGCGGGGAUGAAGAUGUCCGGCGGCAUCUUCGCACGCGCGAUGGGCGCCAUUGUGCGCAAGGAUGAGGACGAUGGAAG